AUGGCGAGCAAGGAAAAGGACCCCGCGACGAUAGAGUAUGCCAAGUCGCUGGCCAACACGCCGUGGUGCGAUGACUACGAGAAGAUGAUCUCCGGCGUGCUGUACAACUGCCUGGCGCCGGAGCUUGUCGAUGGGCGCUUCCGCGCGCGCCGGCUCAUGAACAAGUACAACACGUACUUUCCCGACGACGCAACGCCGCAGUCCUUGACCGAUGAUCGCGAGGCCAUGAUCAGGUCCAUGUUCGGGCACGUCGGCAAGGCGCCAUUCAUCGAGCCGCCGCUCAACAUUGACUACGGCUGCAACAUUUCCAUCGGCGACGGCUUCUACUCCAACUUCAACCUCGUCAUCCUCGACUGCGGCAUGGUCAAGAUCGGCAACCGCGUGCUCUUCGGGCCCUUCGUGUCCAUCUUCGCCGCCACGCACGAGACGGGCGUGCAGUCGCGCCGCGACGGCGUCGAGUACGCGAGCUUCGUCACCAUCGGCGACGACUGCUGGAUCGGCGGCAAUGUGACCAUCAUGCCCGGCGUGACGAUUGGCAAGGGCUGCACCAUCGGCGCCGGCAGCGUCGUGACCAAGGACAUCCCCGACUUUUCCGUCGCCAUUGGAUCGCCUGCCAAGGUGGUGAAGACGGUCGAGCCCGUGCCGGACUUGUGA